AUGGCAGCCGCUGUGGUCCGACGAGCUCCUUACAAGGACACAUUACAGCCAGCUCUUCAUAGACGAUUUGCUGCGACGGCGACGCUGCUGCUUGCUGUGGCCUAUAUCGAAGCUCUCGCCCUAGCUUCCUGGACUUCCUUUCUUUGGUCUUGGUUUCCUCUAGGUCCCACCGGCAUUCGUACUGCCAUCAUUUUCACCAGCGGACUUGCGAUUCUUGUCCUGCGCAUCGCUCACUAUCAUGUUGGCGUCAGGACCGAGUCGGGCGCGCAGACCCUCAAGGCUUUGCUUUUUCGACUUCAAACCUACGAGACUUUCUUCUGGUACGCCAUAUCUAGCACACUUUUUUGCCCGGUCUAUCUUUGGUCUCUCAACGACAGCGCGGGCCUGCGAUGGAUUACCUACUUCAGCGGCGACCGCGCGCGACUCAACGAGCGACCCAUCUUCCUUGCUUGCUAUUUCGGCACCUGCGCCGUGAUGCAAACGAUUGUACACUAUCAAUCCGACAUCGAUAGGCUAGUUGUGGCGUCGGAGCCCAAAGCGGAAGAUGUCAAGCCUAAGACUAGUGGAUUUCUCACUGGAUCGCCCAAGAAGAUUAUGCAGCAGUUUCCUACUUUGUUUGCAGGAUGCAUCAAGCAGGCGACAUUCUCGCUUGUCAUGGCCAUUGUCUUGUACUAUGCGCUAUUCCGGUCGUUCACCUGGUCUUGGGCCCUGAUGCUGUUCCGUCCCUUCUACAACCUGCCUCGCACCAAUAUUGUACCCAACAGCUGGCCUACUGAUUUGUUCCUCAUGGUUCGAUGUGUCUGGGCCGGUGCACUUCUCAAUGCCAUCUGGGCUGCAGGCAACACUGGGUUCUCCAUCCUCAUGGCCAAAGCUCCUCUCAAAAAUGGAAAGCCUUUCACCACAGAAUCCAAGGAUCCGAAUGGCAGCCUUCUAAACGGACUAAAGAGCAAGAAAGACUCCAUACAGUGCUUCGCCAUGUGGGAGCUUGCAAUUAUUGCGCGCGAUUUUGAUGCCCAACGAAAGGCCAUUUACGCUGACAUCGACCGCAAAGACGGCCCCAUGUGGUCACAAGUCUAUUUGAUUUGCAUGACAGUGAUAAGGAGUAUCGAAGAGCGUGUUGAUGCGUACGGCAAACCUAUACUUCCUGCUGUACCUGUCACUGCACCAGAAGUGUCAAAGCAGCGCGGUUCUGCACCCCUCAGGCAGGAUGAAAUUUUCACAAAAGGCAAUGUAUCCCGCGGUGGUGUCGAUAAGGCAUGGGAUCAGUUUGCGCGCUCGCCUGGCUCUUCACCUAUAGCUGAGCUUAGCCCAAUCGCCAAAAAGACUUGGAGGCAGACACGCGACCGCAUGCUUACCAAAGAGCAGCAGGAGGCUGUCUCAAAAGAGAGUAUACAAUCAUACAUUGACCAGGCCGCCUCUCGCUUGCUCAAGCUGGAGUGGAUCAGCAGCAUUUUUCGUCGAGAUUUCGGCACAGAAUUUGCUGCUGUUGUCCUGGGUCAGCCAUAUGCGGAGCCUACGGUAUAUAUUCACGCCACGCAAGCCCUGUGCCAGCUUGCUAUUCACAGUCUGGCAGAGGACCAAUAUGGCAACGUUCACCGUGAUGUACCGAGCAUCAUCCGCACGCUGACGGCCAUCAUCAAGAAGGUGGAAGCCCUCAAGACACAGUUUCCCAUUCACUGGACAGACUCAUCAAGAUGCCGAGAGAGCCCCGAAGUUGAUCAGGUCCUCGACGCCAUGCGCCUUGGUCUGGAGCAGGUCGUCGCCAAGUUUGAACCCUUUAGUGGCGACCUCAGACUCACUCUGACGGAUCUUCGUCUUGCUAAGGAGGCCAUGACGAAGUCGCAGCCAGCCUCAGAGCCAGAAGCUGUCAAAGAGACCAAGGAAUCUAAAGAUGCGCGCGCGAAGCGGACAGACUUGUCCAAGUCGAGGCCGAUUACGCAAAAAAAGGCAGAGCCGGCAGUCAGGCAACGAUUAGAUCAACGCAGACCGGAAAUGCAGCAGGCUCGGUGA